AUGUUCCGUCCUGGCCACUUAGUGCCUCCUAUUCCCACAGGGAUAUUCUCCCAGCACACAGCGCACAUUUGCCCAGCUUUCUCAGCACGGAUCGGCUCGUCCCCGCUCUCUAAUGUGCUUUUGCCUCCAGCUCCUAUCUUCAGCUACGAACUACUCCAGAGCUACGUGCCGCCGGAUCCCUGCAAACAGGCACUGAUGCUGGCCACGCAGGCGGCCGGGCUGGCCGGGGUGUCCGAAUACUCCGAUGAGUCGAAGCCGGUGAAGCAGCGACGGGCACGGGCGAACUACAGCAGCUGGCAGCUGGAGGAGCUGGAGAAAGCAUUCGAGACAACUCAAUAUCCAGACAUCUUCAUGAGGGAGGCCCUGGCACUCAGACUGGAUCUCAUUGAGGCUAGAGUACAGGUUUGGUUCCAGAAUCGCAGAGCUAAGAUGAGGAGACAAUUGAAAAUCCAGGGCAGACCCAUGGAGAAGAGCAGGGAGCCCAGCAGCUCUCCUGAGGAGGAGAAAUGUGACCAUUCGGAGGCGAAACCCAACAACCACAAGAUAGAGAACAGCAGCUACCCCUGGCCAGGAUCGCAAGCUGACCGAGGGGAGGGCCUGGUCGCUGCCCCUUUCCGGACAGUGGUCCGUGGAAUCAAAGACAAUCCCAGCCCCAGUCCGAGCACAGAGGAGAUUCGCAGCUGCAGCAUUGCUACACUUCGAGCAAAGGCCAGGGAGCAUGAGGCUGAGAUACACAGCGGGGCUGCUCAACCUCUCCCCAUCUCUCAACCCUCUUCUCCACAGCACCUGGGAGCCAAUGCUGAGGCCAUAUAAUAUAGUCUGUAACAGAGUGAACACGCUGUACAAUACUGAGCUCCUUUAUCAUACGGAGAAAGGCUGCGCACUGAAUGAUUCACAACCCACAGAGAGAGAGAGCUUGUAACACGGGGAAGAGAGAGAUUGUGUAACUGAGGGACCGAUUGGCACAGAAGCACACUGACUGUUUAAUACAGGGAGACUGAAUAACACACAAGAGAUUGUAACACAUAGAGAGACUAUACAACACGCAUGGAUACUGCUAAAUACACAGAGACUGUGACACACUGAGAGACUAUAACAGAGAUUGUAACACAUGACAGUUGUUUAAAACACAGACUAUAUAUCAGAGAUUGUAACACACAGUAUACACGAUACAGAGAAUGUAAUAUACACACUCUCACACAUAGACUAACACAGACUGCCACAUACAGACAGAUUAUAAUACAGAGAUUGUAACACAUAGGGAAACUGGAUAGCAGAAAGGGAAACAGACAAUGUAAAAGAUACUUAAGUGUUAAAUAUUACAUGGAAAGAUCUGUAACAGUACAAGUAAUUUUACUGAAAGGAGGAAUAUUAGAUCCAUGGGCCAUAGUCUAAAUAUAGAGACAAUCAGGAGGGGGUUAUGAUUCUUAGCAGGCACAGGCUGUGGUAAGUAAGGAUACUGACAGCAACAUUUCAAAAAUAAACAUCAAAAAAAUGUUCACUUUACAAAAGGAGGAAAAAGGAGCAGAGUGCUACAGAGCUGUGGUGCAGUUUACAGCUGGGGUUGAGCUGAUGAUCUGCGGCCAAGAGCAUCAUUUGCUUUAAAGUAUUUCACAUGUCAGAUGCUCAGUGAAAGCCUCCAUGCUUCAUGGUCCAAUCUUAGGGUGAAUGGCUGGACUGUUCCCACACAGAAUAAGUGGAAUUGGAUGUUGAAUAACACAUGACCUGCAGGAUAAAGACACUUCAAAACAGUCCAUAUUCCACAAGGAAUAAAGUCUAGUAACUUAACAGAACUCCCCGUUAGUUUGGUUAGUCAAUAUACUGGGGGGCUUUCAGCCACCCAACAGAGGGGACUUAUUGCUGGUUUGAGCUCUGUGUUGACUGUAGCUCAGACACUCCAUUGCCUCUGAGGUAGAAGGUUAUGGGUUCAAAUCUCACCCCAGGGACUCAAGCACAUAUUCUGGCUGGCAUUCCCUGUGCAGUACUGAGGGAGUACUACAUUGUCAGAGGUGCCAUCUUUCAAAUGAGAUGUUAAGCCAAGACCUGGUUUGCUCCCUCAAAUGGAUAUGUAAGAUCCCAUGGCACUAUUUUGAAGAAGAGCUGGGGAGUUCUCGCUGGUGUCCUGGGGCCAGUACUUAUCCCUCAACCAAUACCACUAAAACUGACUAUCUAAUCAUUAUCACAUUACUGUUUGUGACAUCUUGCCACAUGCAAAUCGGCUGCUGCAUUUCCUGCUUUACAACAGUGACUACAUUUCGAGAAAAGAUAGUUCAUUGACUGGGAAAUGCUUUAGGACAUCCUGAAGAUGUUAAAGGUGCUAUAUUAAUGCAAGUCUUUUUUUCUCUUUCGAUUAAUUGACCUCAACUGAACAAGCAGCAGGCUGUUCCUUAACCAUUGCCUCACUCACGACCCCCUACCUCUCCACCGCUGGGAUAUGAAUGCUGGAGAAUGAUUGGUAAGGGCAGGUUUAGGCUUGACUGUCAUGCCUCCCAUGGACAAAUAGCCAGCUAAUGCUAAUGGCCUGUGGUUGAAAUGCAAAGAAUGUCCACUUGAGUGCAGUGCUGGAGGCCUAAAAGCCUGCUAGAGCUGCAUC